UUUGUUCGAGAUGCCCACUGAGGGUGUACAGACGGAUGUAGGGCUUAACGAUCCUUUAGGAAGAGUGGAGCGGAAAGCUGCAACGAUUUUCCUACCAAGUAUGGCUGAUGUAGAUGUUUUUUUCUUCCAUCUUUAAGCGUAACAGGUCAACUUGGUAACUCACUUCAAGGGGAAAAACAAAUGCAAUUUCCAGGAUGAGCAGCAUGACAGAAGAUGGAAAAAACAACAUUCAUACCGUGACGGUUCAUCCGUGAGCAUGGUGUGGACCAUAUGAGCGGACAAGCAGAACAAUUGCAAAGUUAAGUUGUCAAGUUUUAGAACACUUUUGAAAAAAUAAUGCAGGGCUGAGGCGGGAACUCCUCUAAAUCUAAAUCUUUUGAUGCAAAGGCAUAAGCAUGAGACUUGUAAGUCAGCGUAGUUCGUUCACGUAGCAACAUAAACCGGCAUCCAGUUUUUAGCUCAGUCACCAGUUCCACCUGAGGACCAUUUUGUUGGGAUUAAACGAACCUUCUGCAUCAUGACUCUAUUCUACAGUCCUCAUCAUCCACUCUCUUCUAAAGAAUAGAUCCGCGAAUUUUGCAGUACCAGAAUGAGCGACUAGGCGUGGACCUCUUCUUUCAACAGGGCCUAGUCUUUCGACUUCAAUUACUAUUUAUGGCGCCACUGAUUGAGAAUGAAUGAAAGGGAACAAUGUCGACAACUGGUAGUAUGAGUAUGUACUCCUUCCAAAUUCAAGGGAUAUUUUCUCUCGUCUGAGGGACCACAGGGUCAAGAGUCGUCGACGCUCCCAGGAGGUCAUCAUCAUUCAUAGUACUCAUCGAAUACGAACAAAGUAGGAUGUAUGAAUGAUUCCAAACUAAAAAAGCCCUAUUAAAGUAGAACGCACUGAACUUUGUGCGAGAUUAAGAACUCCCCCCUAUGCCGGUAUCCACGCGGAAAAUACGCAGGUAGGUUCUGACUUAUCGGAACUCGCUCGCACUACAAAAAAGGAAAUGUAUUGUCUUGCAUUGUAUUGUAUUGUAUUGUAUUGUAUACCUCAUUCAUACUAUCGAAAGCAGAUUUUUUUCGCUAUGGGGAGUUCGCUUCAGGGCGUGUUAUUCGUCGUGGUGUGGACAGAACCGAUAUCCACUCUUUUCCUCCAGGUUCAUCUGCAGGUGAAAUUAAGGGUACACCUUUAACGUGCUUUUCUUACCGCUUUUUAUGCCUCUCUCCCUUAGGAUGAGAAAGGCAUAAAAAGCGGGGUUCUGUCGUAGAGUCUCCUCUUCCACCAACUACACGUCGUAUGGUGAGUAACAAAGCCGCCGUAGUAUUAGCAGUAAAGCUCGUAGUAUUAGCAGUAUGGAGGUGCUCGAUGAGCCUUUCACUAUGGAAGUAGGCCAGCAGGAGCAAGUAGGAGGUCCUUCAGCUUCUACGAAAGACAAGAGAAAACCUACCUCUAAUGAAACUGGAGAAGCAGCCACUUCAAGAACUUCUUUUCCGGAGGGUGAC